AUGAAUCAGCAGUCGACAGGGUCGCUCUCUGCGCAGUACACGCUUCCGGGCGUGAUGCACUACCUGCAAACAGAGUUCACCAAGAACGAGAGAGAUCGGAUCAAUUGGGAGCUGGAGCGGUGCGAGAUGAAGGCGCGCAUAGCGCAGCUGGAGGGCGAGAAUCGCGAUCUGCGCCGCGAGCUUGUGCGCUGCGCCCAGGGGCACGAGCGGCCGGAGGAGGUGCAGCCGGUGGAGCCAUCGCUGUUGAAGGCGAAGCUGUCGGUGCAGGAGAACGUUAAGGAGAUCGUGUACCUGCUGAAGAGCCCGCAAGUGACGGACCAAUUGGACGCGUGGAACGAGAAGGGCUCGUCGGUGCACCUGCUGGAGACGAUGAACCUACACGUCAAAAAGGCGGCCCACGGUGCGCCGCUCACGUCGGGCGGCACGUCGCCGACGUCUGCGGAGCUGGAGCUGGGGCAACCCGUUGCGGCGGGGCUGCCCGGGAGCCGCGGGUACGAGUCCGACCAGGAUACCGUGAUUCUGGAGGAACCGCCGGUGCGGGUGCCGCCGUCCUCCAAGCAGCGAGGACUGGCUGCCCCCCCGCUGACCCCGCGGGACACCCCGAGCAUGUCGCUCGAGGGCGCGACGGGGCCGUUAUCCAACACGUCGGUGAUCCAGCCAGUAGCAGGGGACUCCGCUCCCGUUGCCGUGGAGAAACUGACUCUGCAUCAAAAGAAUCUGCUGACUCUUACAGAAACUGGGCAUCUGAAGCACUGGCAGAUCAACCUCAACUUGGAACUAACAGACAGCCUAACACAGGUUUCUUUUGAGGGCCUGGGUCCGCACGUCCUGGGUCUUUUCUGGUGGGAUAGCAAGACGUUUAUGACCCUUGACACCAACGGGCUUAAGGUCUGGUCUGUGGAGCUUCCGGAGCCGGUAAUGCUCUGGGAGUGUUUCCAGGACCUCCCCUUUGAAACCGUAGACAUGGUAGACUUCAAGAACAAGUGGCUUGUGCUCAAAGUCGCGGAGAAGAUUUUGAUAUGGAAGAUCUGCACCACGGGAGAGCAGCAUACCCUACAGAUGAGCAAUGACUACGAAAUAUGGCUGCAUAAUCAGGACCCGACCUUUUUCAUCCUCGGGCUCACAGAGGAAUCCCUCCUCGUUCUGUAUCUGGAUCCAUGCCAACUGGCGGUGUACAACUUCCAGGGCAAGAUCCUACAGCAAGUGGAUCUCAGCCACCUUGUGAAAGACUUGAAACCCCGGGGCAAAAACACCACACGGCUCGUUCUCAACAAGAAAACAUCCAAACUGCUAGUUCAGGUUAACAAACAGAUCCUCAUCUACUCUUUCGACCAGAAAAAGAUCGUCGCUAGCUUUGAACUCGGAAACGCGCCUAGUCACAUCAUCUUCAAAUUCAAUUCAGAAAGUAUUAUCCUAGGGUACCUAGAUGGAACCAUUGAAGUCAGAAACUUAAACAACUUCGAGACGGCUGUCAAGAGGUACAACCACUUCGAGUCUGUUCAAUCGGCACACGAGCAGCCGCAGCAGUCGGGGUUCCAGAAGUCCCCCAAUACAGACGCCCAGAUUGAUGCCCUCCUUGACCGCAAUCUUACAAGCAUGGACAUUGCGGUAAUCGAUGGCGUACCUGUCGUUGUAUCGGGUGGUACAGAUGGAUAUAUCCGUCUGGAGAGUGUCUGGGCCAUAUCCUACUAG